GGAAGGGAGCUGUUAGAACAUUUGCACGUUCAAUGUGCGACGGAAGACACUUCAUGCUAUAAUGAAUAAAAUGAGAAAAGACCGGACAGACCUCUGCUCUGCAUGGCUCGUUCGAUUUCCCAGAAGCUAUUCUGAGCUGGUAGCUGAUUGGCCCCUGGUGGUGCUUGCAGUUUGCACAGCGCUGAUUGCCGUCUGCGCCCUGCUGGCUUUCAUGUUUACCAAACUUCCCGACUUCACAGACUCAAGUAAAGGUUUUGAAACGCGAGGAACUGCCAUCAGCCAACGGUUGGUGGCGUUCAACAACCUAAUGAAGACAUUUUACAAACCUGACAACGAGCUGGCUGCAAGAUACCACGAGCUCAAGGGGCACAAAAGCCAUCUUCACAGGAAAAAACGGGAUUCCCAACCGCUCAGUGAAGAAGGCUUAUGCACAAGGCUGCCCCAGGUGUGGCAUUUAUUUUCACUCAAACUGGUGGUCUCGUCAGCUGAGGGGAAGAACCUGUGGAGUGUUCAGGCCAUCAAAUCCAUGUGCGACCUGGACAAGACCAGGGUGCGCUUUCACUGGGACUUCCAGAGUGACUGCUUGAGUUGGACACUGGGUAAUUACAUAGCUCUCCUAAGAGAAAAGCCAUCCUGCGAACUGAUCAACGAGGAGGACGUGGCACAAACGCUUACCAUCUUGCGUAGGUGUGCCCAUUACUACCACAACGGCACACUGACAUGGGAAUGCGCCACCCCCGGCAAGUGUAGCAACGUGCCGGAGAUCUGUACCAAGUUCACAGCCGUCUAUGUAAUAUUGCACUAUCUGGUCGAUAAGGACUUCCUCAGCUCGGAGAGCCUGGGACGUCCUUCGCCUGUGCUCAAGUACAGUAUGCUCCACUUUUUCAUUGAGGAUAGCGAUAAAAAAAAGCAGAUUUAUUUGGACAAUUUUGAGAACUGGAACUCAGACGGCAUCAUCACAGUCAUCGGGAUUUCUUUCACCGGCGCACAUGAACUCCUUGCCCACUACAUCCAACAGGACAGCGCGUACUUCCUUGUGGCGAUUGUCAUGGUUCUGCUGGUCAUGGGUGUGUACACGCGCUCCGCUCUCAUCACCUUAAUGACAAUGAUAGCCAUUGUUAGCGCCCUGGUUGUGUCCUUCUUCAUCUACCACAUGGUUUUCCACUUGAAGUUCUUUCCCUUUUUGAAUCUCACGGCUUGCGUCUUCCUGGUGGGCAUCGGCGUCGACGACGCCUUUGUGCUUUGCGACGUGUGGAACCACGCCAAAUCCGAUAGACCUCAUGCCGAGCUGGCGGAGAGGGUCAGCGUGACUUUGCAGCACGCCGCACUCUCGAUGUUUGUCACCAGCUUCACCACCGCCGCCGCUUUCUACGCCAACGAUGUCAGCAAUGUGGUCGUCAUACGCUGUUUGGGCAUCUACGCGGGAACGGCAAUCUUGGUCAACUACAUUCUCAUGGUGACGUGGCUCCUGGCCGUGGUGGUGCUCCAUGAGCGCUACAUCGUAGACGUGUGGCACUGGCCCGAGCCCACACGGCAGAAAAGCGGUGACCGCAUCCAGAUGUUCGUGGCAGGUCUUGGCCAGAAGGUGAACAAAUUCCUAUUGAGUGUCUCCAAAGCCUACAGAACCUUUUUUGAGAAAGUUCUCCCCUACAUCGUCAUCAAGCCGCGCUACCUCUGGCUCAUCUGCUUCCUGGCUCUCACAGUGGGCGGGGCCUAUUUGGUGUCUGUCAACCCAAAGCUCAAGCUCCCAUCAACGGAUAUCAGGAAGUUGCAGUUGUUUCGCUCUUCAAACCCUUUUGAGCGCUACAAGGAGUACCAAGAUCUGUUCAAGUUCGAGGAGUUGGCACGUAUUGAUCAACUACGGGUGACCAUCUUUAUUGUCUGGGGCGCCAUGGCUGUGGACAACGGGGACCACCUGGAUCCCAACGACUGGGGAACGCUGAUGUUUGACAGCAGCUUCAACAUUUCCAGCAAAGAGUCUCAGCAGUGGAGCCUGGAUUUUUGCGAGAAGAUUCAGAGAGAGAGUUCCAUUUUUAUUCAGCAAGAAAUGGUCUGCCUCUUUAUCUCUUUCAAGCAGUGGAUGAACACAGACUGCGUUGUUGGGUCCACCAGCACCUGCUGCGGUCAGAGCAGCUUCCCCUACAGGCCGGAGGUGUUUGAGCGCUGCAUCAAGGAGUACACCAGCACCGUCGUCAAGAAAGCCAGCAUCACUCUGGAAAGUGGGCCUCUGUUGGACACGUCUAACACCAUGAAGGCCUUUGUUUUGAAACAGAAGACCACCUUCGCCGACGAGGACUACGAGAAGUUGAGCCUCUUCUACGACAAGGUGGACACCUGGAUCAGCGGGGAGAUGCGUGGCGCUCCAACAGGCCUCCGUCACGGCUGGUUUCACGGCGACAACUUGGCGCUCUUCGACGUGCAGAAGAGUCUGUCCAGUGGCACGCUGAUGUCCAUGGCGCUCUCAGUGGCCGUGGCUUUCGGCGUCAUGGUGCUGACCACCUGGAACGUGGUCAUCAGCCUGUUCGCCAUCCUGUCCAUCACCGGCACCAUCUACGUCACCGACGGCUUCCUGGUGCUCCUGGGCUGGAAGUUGGACAUCUUUGAGUCAAUCACCAUUUCUGUGGCAGUGGGGCUGUGCGUGGACUUCGCCGUGCAUUACGGCGUGGCCUACAGGCUCGCCCCGGCGCCGGAGCGUGGAGGAAAGGUGGUUUUCUCCCUCAGCCGGACAGGUUCUGCCAUCGCCAUGGCCGCCCUCACCACGUUCAUCGCCGGCGCUGCAAUGAUGCCCUCGACCGUGGUUGCCUUCGUCCGGAUGGGCACCUUCUUGAUGGUGAUCAUGUGCACCAGCUGGGCUUUCGCCACCUUCUUCUUCCAGUCCCUGUGCCACUGCCUGGGACCGCAGGGCGUCUGUGGACAGAUCCCGCUGCCCAAAAAGCUGCAGUGUCGGGCUUUUUUUGAGGGCACACACUAGAGCUGCGCUAUUAAUCCAUUUUUCACUUUUUUGGGAAUCUUUCACAAUCCCUUGUUUUUUUUAUGCAUUGUAAUUUGUAAUAUACGCAAUGCCACUGACUAGAGUCAUCUUUAGCUCCAAUAAGGCC